GAUUCACACACUCUAAAUAUAGCGGACUUUAAGUCAGACUGGAUUGCAGGGGAGACUUAAAACUACUGCGAAGAACACACGGAGAAUCAAGUUUUUUAGUAAACCUUUUCUGUGUUCUAAAGUUCUCAGUCAUUUUUUACUUUUAUGAAAUGCGAGAUUGUUGCACUGAUGGACUGAUACUCUGGAUCAAAUGGUGAACUGGUUUGUCAUGGAGAUUAUGGAAUUAUUCAGGGAUCAAGAGGCGUUAUCCCAGUAAUGUGAUCUUAAUCACCACAGAUAUUUCUCUGCCGGUUUACUGCAAGGAAGUUCCAAUAUUUUGUUCAACAGUUGUCCAUAAGUUGCUCCAGCAGAAAUGAUAUGCCACUUGUCUCUUUUAAUCGUCGUCAAUCUUUUCGUGUCCCAGUGCCAUGGCGGCUGUGCGGAGGUGGACUCCCCGACCGAAGCUGUGGCAGGAGGAGGAUUCCUGCUGGGCUGCAUCUCAUGUAAGAGAAGAGAGGAGGUGCCUGCCCGGGCCACUGUAGACUGGCACUUCAAACCGCCGGGAGAGGAGGAGUUCAGGCAUAUUUUCCACUAUGACCACCCCAGUGCUAGCAUCAUCAAUGAAGAUUUCAGCGAGCGUCUGGCGUGGCAUGGAUCAAACAACAGCGAUAUUCAGAUAGGAGCCAUUUACAUUCAUAACGUCACCUUCAAUGACACAGGGACGUACCGCUGCACAAUCCUCCGCACCCUCCAUCUGCCCAAGUAUGACGAGCACGUCACUGUGGAGAAAGAGUUCGAGCUCAACGUGGUGGCUGUAGCCAAUCGGGAGCUGACAGCAGUGAUCUCAGAGAUUGUCAUGUACGUCCUGAUUGUGGUUCUGCAGCUGUGGCUCAUUGUGGUUCUGGUCUACUGUUACAAUAAGAUUUCGGAGGAGCAUGAAGGUCGGGAGGCCCGUAAAGCUCUCAAGGCUCAGGCACAGCUGUUAGAAUCGAAAGACAACUGUGAUGGGGUGCAGCUAGAGUAAUAUUACCAGUAAAAAGAUUUCUGCAAGAGUCAAGCUUCCUUGCUGUACCGUGGUUUUGCUAAUAAAGACACAACUACUGUAAGACAGGUUGAUUUUGAAUGGCUUGGUCACUCGGUCGUAGGUGCAACCUGUACGAUCAACGGUAAACACAAGCUGAUGGUGCAGAUGGCCGAUUUUCCACCUUGUUAUUAAAAUAUGUACACUUGAUUUGUGAAAAAAUACCUUUAAAAGGUUUUUGAAAAGAAAUAACCAAUGUAUGGAAUUAAAUGGCUUUUUAGUAUUUAAUAAUCAUUAAAAUAAUAUUCCUAAAACAAUUAAUUUAAUUACCAGAGCCAAACAUCAAAUGACUAACCCAAUGGCUAAGGAUUAAUUUCCUAUUAAAUAAACUGAUCAAAUAAUUGACUUAUAAUGUCAAUGGCAACCCAUGGCCUUUGUAGCAACUAAUUUCUAUUGCAUCUCUUUUAACCACACAACAGAAGCUGAAAU